AUGGAGGUUUUACAGCAAGCAAGCAUCAAUCUACGAGGAUCAGAAGUUUCGGUGGACAAUGCCUGGAUUGUUCCUUACUGUCCACUACUAUCCAAAAUUUUUAACGCACAUAUCAACGUUGAGUACUGCAAUUCUGUCAAGUCCAUAAAGUAUGUAUGCAAGUAUGUCAAUAAAGGAUCCGACAUGGCUGUAUUUGAUGUCACCAGUGGAGCCAAUGAACUGAAUGAAAUUCAUCAAUAUGAGAUGGGAAGAUACAUUAGCAGCAAUGAAGCAGUGUGGAGAAUACUCAACUUUCCAAUCCACGAACGUCAUCCCACAGUCGUUCAUCUAAGCGUCCACCUUGAAAAUGGCCAGAGAGUGUACUUCACUGAAGAAAAUGCUGCUGAACGGGUCCAGGCACCCCGGAAACAACGCUCACACUCUUUCUUCAAGCUGUGCACCCAAGAUAACUUUGCUCGCAAUUUACUUUACAACCAAAUUCCAAAGUACUACACAUGGAACAGCAGGAACAAGAGUUGGAACCGCCGUAAACAAGGACAAAUUGUUCCAGAAGAAACAGGAAUCCGGUCUACUACUGAUGCUCUUGGCCGUGUCUACACCGUCCAUCCCAACAACUCCGAAUGCUUCCACCUUCGCCUAUUACUACAUGAAGUUAGAGGCCCAACAUCAUUCACGGAUUUGAGAACCGUUCAAGGAAGAGUCUGCAACACUUUCAAAGAGGCCUGCCAACUUCAAGGACUUCUGGAGAAUGACGAACACUGGAACACGGCGUUAGAAGAAGCAGCUGCAUCUCGAUCACCCAAGAUGAUGCGUAAUCUGUUUGCUGUAAUGCUUCAAACGUGCUCCAUGUCGGGCCCUGAACAGUUAUGGAUGAACCACAGGGAGAACCUGUCUGAAGACAUACUGCAUCAAGCCAGGAUCCAGCAGCAGAAUAUGGACCUGGACUACAAUGACGACAUCUUUAACAGAGCCCUAAUCUACAUUGAGAACAAGAUAAUAUCUCUAGGAGAUUGA